AUGAGAGGAAAUAAAAGCACACUGAAUAACUUCAUUCUAUUGGGAUUCUCCAGUCUGCCAGGCCUAGAGGGCUUAUUCUUCUCUGCUUUCUUAACUAUCUAUCUGUUGAUCAUGAUUGGGAAUGUCCUCAUAAUUAUUGUCACACUGGCUGACCAGGAACUCCACAAUCCCAUGUGUUUCUUCCUUAGGAACUUGUCCUGCCUGGAGAUCUGCUACACCUCAGUCAUUAUCCCCAAGAUGCUUGAAAACCUCCUGUCAGAUGAUAAAACCAUGUCUUUUAUUAGUUGUGUCUUUCAAAUGAGCAUCUUCCUCGUCACAGGAGCAGCAGAAUGCUUCCUCUUGGCUGCCAUGGCAUAUGACCGCUAUGUUGCCAUUUGCCAGCCCUUGCAUUACUCACUUGUUAUGAGCAGCAGGGUAUGCUAUGGUCUAGUAGCAGCCUCCUGGCUUGCUGGAAUCCCAGUGCAACUUGGCCAGACUUUCUUGAUAUUCACCUCCUAUUUCUGCAAUUCUAAUGAAAUCAACCACUUCUUCUGUGACAUCCCUCCACUGCUCAGUCUGAUCUGUGGAGACACAUCUAUAAAUGAGCAGAUAGCUCUGGUGGAGGUGAUUUUGCUUGCACUAAUUCCCUUUGCCUUGAUCAUCAUGUCUUAUAUGUGCAUUGCUACCACCAUUCUGAAGAUGUCAUCUGUGGAGGGGAGGCGAAAGGCAUUCUCAACAUGUUCCUCACAUCUCAUGGUAGUUGUGGUGUUCUAUGGCACUGGAAUAACAGUGUAUUUGACACCAAACUCAAGCCAUUCUCUGGACACAGAUAAAUUCCUAUCACUCUUCUACACUGUCCUGCCAGCACUAUUAAAUCCUCUUAUUUAUAGUUUGAGGAACAGGGAAGUCCGAGUUGCUCUUGGAAAACUAUAUCUCUGCAUUCUUCAUUCACAUGAAACAAAUGAACAUAAUAAGAAUUAA